GGGGUGAGGAGCAGUCACGUGAUCAGUCAGGCGGGUGUAGGGGGCGGUGCAGGGCAGCUUAUAUAUAAGAGAGGAGGCUGCUUCCUCCCUGCACAUCCCCGGCUCCUCUGUGUGUGUCUGGGGGAAAUCCUGCAACAAUGUGGCAAUCCCUGGCUCUCUUCUGUAUUUUGGCCUCUUUCGUCAACUCCCGUAAUGUGCCCCAUUUCAAGCCUCUGUCCGGUGACGUGGUCAAUUACAUUAAUAAGUUAAAUACUACAUGGAAGGCUGGACAUAAUUUUCCAAAUGGAGACAUUAACUAUGUGAGGAGACUCUGCGGAACACUGCUUGGAGGGAAGAAGCUGCCGGUCAGGUAUUUAUUUUCUGACCAAAUAGACCUGCCCGAAAACUUUGACUCCCGGGAAAACUGGCCAAACUGUCCUACAAUCAAGGAGAUCCGAGACCAAGGUUCCUGUGGAUCUUGCUGGGCAUUCGGCGCAGUGGAGGCCAUUUCUGACCGCGUCUGCGUUCACUCUAAUGGGAAGUUGAAUGUGGAGGUGUCUGCGGAGGAUCUUCUCUCUUGUUGCGGAGGAGAGUGUGGAAUGGGAUGCAAUGGAGGAUACCCAUCUGGUGCAUGGCAGUACUGGACUGAAAAGGGUCUUGUAUCUGGGGGCCUGUACGAUUCUCAUAUCGGCUGCAGACCUUACUCCAUCCCACCCUGUGAGCACCAUGUCAAUGGUUCCCGUCCAUCGUGUAAAGGAGAGGAAGGUGACACUCCACGGUGCGAGAAGAAGUGCGAGGAGGGCUACGGCACAGACUACAGUACAGACAAGCACUUUGGUUCCAAAUCCUAUGGUGUCCCAAGCAGCCAAAAGGAGAUCAUGGCAGAGAUCUACAAGAACGGCCCAGUAGAGGGCGCUUUCACUGUGUAUGAGGACUUCCCUACAUACAAGUCCGGAGUGUACCGCCAUGUCACCGGAGAAGAGAUCGGAGGUCACGCUAUUAAGAUCCUUGGAUGGGGUGUGGAGAAUGGAACGCCAUACUGGCUCUGCGCCAACUCCUGGAAUACUGACUGGGGUGAUAAGGGUUUCUUCAAGAUCCUUCGUGGAGAGGACCACUGUGGGAUAGAGUCCGAAAUUGUUGCAGGAGUUCCUAAAAAUUAAUGCCCAACCGGAUACGGCACCACAAACAAUAGCUGAAGGCUUAUCUCAACCCGAAACUUUUAGUGACAAAUGGACUUUUUGUUUUAAAUGGAAUUUACAUUAUUUAGAGAGAGAACGUGGCUGUGACCGGUUGGAGUUGGGAGAUAACUAGAUCCGACUGUCGUGUCACGACGAAUAGCAAAACAAGAAGUCAAAAGUUGUGAUAGGUUUCUCUGGGCCAUAAUGUAAUUUUUCCCCUCAAUCAUUCACUACUUAUCUAAUGGCAGGUACUAUGGACAACCAGGUGAAUUUGUUACAUGGUGUGGAUUUGGGAGGCCCAAAAAUUUUAAAAAAUUCUUUAGAAAAUAUGUAAGUUGCUGCUGACGUUUUUACUCAUAUUUUUUUUUUUAAUUUUGCAUUGUUUUAUAAAAAUGUCAAAUGUCAACAUGCCACCUGGGUUCAAAUGUGCAGACAAAAUGGAGACCCUGCUUAUAGCAACCAACCAGAUUGUCGCAAAUGCAGCUUCAGAAGGGCGUUGUCUUGAUGCACUAGGCCCAUUUUUUGUUUUUAUAUGGCAAUAUUUUUAACAAAUUUUAAAUAUUUACAGUUAUACAAAGAGUUGGUUGUAGUUAAAACAAAAACAAAUUACAGGUGUUGACCAGAAUGAGAACAUGGCUGAUUUCUUCCAGAAACUGCACGACACUUGUCCAUGGAUUAUCUGAAAUAGUAUCUGGGCUUCAUUGAAGUAAAUGGCACUUGGCUGCAGUACCACACAGAACCUGCAGACAGGUUUGGCGCUGUACUUGAAAGACAGCCGCCAUGAUCUUCUAAUCCCUGGGCAACCACUCUUAGCUAUGGAGCCUGAGUAUCUACAAGCGAUAUCUCAGAUUCCUGUGUAGUUGUCAUUGCUGAGCCUUGUGUGAUGGCCGUCUGUGAUGAAAUUAUGUGGAUUUCACAAUGAGCAGAUUGUACAAUAUUCCACUCGAUUUUUAUCCAAUUAAAAUGUAAUUUUUUUUGUUUGCCAAUAAAAUGCAUGGUCUUCCUUUCUAA